AUGAUGCAGCGCGGUCACGUCCAGGCGCGUACAUUCAAAAAUAUGGCGGAGCCCUUCAGUUCAAACUCGGAAUACACUGAAAAUGUGCCCAGUAUCGCCGACGGAGACGGUGGAGUGAAGAAGCGCCUGUCGUUUUCGUUCAAAAAGAACAUUAGCUUAGCGCAAGAACCGAAUACCGCACGUUUAGUCCCGAGUUUACAAAUUGUUUGCCGACUUUCUGCGGAAAAUGCCGAACGACUCCCAUCGGAGGAGGCUAUCAUCAGCGAAUGUACAGAGGAGAAAAAUGCUGCUAACCGUAAAGACGUUUCUCUUAAACAGAACAGAGCGAACAAUACUGAAGAUAAAGAAAAUGCUGUUGUCCCCCCCACAGACAUCACUGAAGGCAACGCUUCUGGUCAAGAGUCUCGCGUGACAGCCAGUCAACAGCACCCCGACACGGAGGAAAGAGAUGCGGAGGUGGUGAGACGAGCGCGGGAAGAAGGCUGCGUGAACGUGGUCUUCCCUGGCGUCGUAACCCAGAACAGCUGCUACCAUUUUGUCAGCGAGAUCCUCAAGUGCAUUCUCUAUCAGAGACAGCAGCUGCCCAUGACGUAUGACCAGCUGGUGUAUUCCCAGAAGAAGCAGCAAACUUCAGUGCAGGAUAAAGACGCAGCGAGUAGGAGGCCAGCGCAAUCUGCAGAUAUGGAGCGGCGUAAAUGUCAACAGACUCUUCAGGAGCUGGAGGAGGUGCUGCAGCAGCUGGAGGUGCUCUUUUCCCUCAGCAGGGUCCCCCGCGUUUUACUGUUGAUGGGAGGCUCGGUCAUCCUCCCCAUGGAGCUGUACGAGAUCAACAUGGAGGCCCUGGUGCUGGCCGCCGGUGAUCAGUCUCUGCGAGUGUCGUCGUGCUUGAAGCAACUCUUCCGCACUCUCUUCGUUGCCGACAUUUUGUCAGACACCAGACCCGUCCGCUUGAUGCCCACCACUGUGUUAGCACUGGCUCAUAGGGACUGCGGUGUCGGCUGGUUUCGCCCUAAACUACAUUUCAAAGUCCCAACUCGAGUCAAAAACCAAAUAAUUGCUCUGUCCACUGAUCCCAGCACCUGUAAGGGGCCAGGAGGCUCAGACUGGCAGGAUUUUGUGUGGUUUCAGGCCCCCAUGGCCAUUAAAGGGUUCAGAAACUGA